AAAAGGUGUGGAUUUUAGUAAUGUAAAUUUUAGUGUAAUUAUAGUGAAGCACAUGGCGUGUUCUUGGCACUGUUCCAGUACAAUUUUAAGCAGAGUCAAAGAGUAAUCCUAUCUUGCCUAAUAUCCUGAUAGAGCUUUGUGUCAUCAUCAACCAUAGUUCUGGUAAGUAGUGAAGAGCAGCCAUUGAUCAGUAGUGUGAUCAAGUGAAUUCGCAAAAAUAAAAUCCGCAAAAGCCAUUUUCUGGCAAUUCGCAGAAAUUUUGGGCCACAGAAAUUUCUAGCUAUACGGUAAGACAUCAGGCUUGGCUGCCCGACUGAGAUGGCCACUGGUGGAUCAGGAAGGGAUACUAGAUAUGAAGGAUUGUUACUAUAUGAGGAGAAAGGUUUAAAUGAAUAUGUAGCAAUAUUUACUGUAACUAAAGAUAGAGACACAUUUUAUGAUUAUAGGGACAGGAAGCACCCUAAGGCAGUUAAGGGAGGUUCUGUUAUCUCCUUUACAUUUGACCAGCAGCAAGACUCUACACUUACCUCAAGAGGUGAUUAUAUUGAAUUAAAGUUUGAUACUCCACAAGCUAAGCCAACCACUGGAUGGAUUAUUAAACCUCACACAGUACCUUGUAGAAUAUAUAGAAGUGAUGUUGAUAAGGUUGGUACACCUGGUUAUCCUGACCCUCCCUCCUCCAGUAUAUCAGUACAUGCUACACCUGAUGCUGUUCUUAGACUAGAGUAUACUAUACCACUGGAAGGUGUGGUUACAGGUGGUGGUACAUUGGACAUUGUAAGGACAUUAAGAAGUCCUCUCUUAGGCAUUAAUGAUUUACAGUAUGUACUUGAAUCAUUGAAUGAAGCUGGCUUCUCACAGGAGAAAUGGGAACCUCUUGGUAUUGCUUUAGGAUUACUUUAUUCUACACUGAAGGCUAUUGAGGCUGAGUAUCCUGGAGAUGAUCAAAGACGUCUGAGGCAGUGUCUAGUGAAAUGGAUAGAGAGAGUUGAUUAUGUUUAUGAUAAAGGAGGUCCAAGAAUGACCUCUCUAUGUGCUGCUCUUGAGGUCAUUGGUGAUAAAGCAGCAGCUGAUUAUAUCAGUAAGUUAUUAUUAUUAUUAUUAUUAUUAUUAUGUUAA